AUGGAUAUUUAUGCGACAGAGUACGUAUUCACAACGAAAUAUGCUAAGCGAGAAUUACGGCACGGAGAGAUGGCAAGAACUGACAGAAAGGCAGGCACGCGCAUGUCGAGCGCAGUGAAUGGCGUGACCAGCCUGAGGCACUCACAACACGAGGAAGGGGAGGAAAGAGAACUGGGCACGAGCAUGGCAGGAAGCGUCAUGACGACCAGUUUGGCCUGGAAAGAGCUGCGGAGAAGAGAUGGGCAUCUCGUCAAGCAGAUGGAAGAAGAGGAGAAAGAGAAGAGGACGAAUCUUCAUACCAUCGACGUACGUGUUCCCCUUACUGCGUACUUAGGGAAGCAUUCGGGUGUGCCAAGAAGGCGUCUUAAGUCACCGAGGAUUUUAUAUCUGACAGGAGUGUUGAUAAACCGGAAGCCCAUCUAUUUCUUAGGUCUAUCGACUACGUGGCCAUCUUGGGCUUUUGCUGGGAACGGCCCGCAGUUGCAGACGAACGUUGCCCCGAUGUCAUUUGCGGUUUAUUACAUCUACUAUCGCUCGCCAACGACAAGCGGCGCGCUUCACGCAGGUCACUGCAAUAAAGCUUGGUACCAGAUAUCAGGCUCCAUCGAUCAGGCUGGCGGUGUACUUCCUGGAGUUCUCUGUGCUGUUGGCGAGGACGUCAUCAUCGUUAAGUACAAAAGCCAGAAUAUACGACGUUGUCUGCCUUGCGAAAGCCUGAUCGCGGCCCAACCGUCUUAUUUGGGUACUUCUCUCAGCUGA